AUGGCCGUCACCGAACAGACCCUACCCGAGCUGCAGCCCAUCUUCACGCUGCUGAACACCCACUCGAACAAGCUGUACCAGGAGGGGUACUUUUUGAAGCUGGACGACCAGGACAUCCGUGGAAAUCCGAACCCCGACCGGACAUGGACUGAAUGUUUUGCCCAGCUGGUCGGCACUGUGCUGUCGCUUUGGGAUGCCGCUGAGCUGGACGCGGCGGGCGAAGACGGGGAGGUGUUGCCCAAGUUUAUCAAUUUGACAGAUGCGUCCAUCAAGAUGAUCGACGCGCUCCCGACGAAGACGAACGACGAACAGCCGCUCCAAAACAUCUUGAGCAUCAGCACUGCGGGCCGCAAUCGGUAUCUGCUUCACUUCAACUCUCACCACUCUCUGAUUCAGUGGACCUCCGGGAUACGGCUGGCCAUGUUUGAGCACUCGACGCUUCAAGAGGCUUACACGGGCGCCUUGGUCGCAGGCAAGGGGAAAGCGCUGAACAAUAUAAACAUCAUCAUGGAACGGGCCAGGCAGCCCAUCCAGGAAUGGGUCCGCGUUAGAUUCGGCGCAGGUGUUCCCUGGAGGCGGUGCUACUGCGUCAUUGACCCUCCAAGUGAGAAGGAGUACCAGAAGGCGCAGAAGGAGCACAAGAAGCGCUCACCCUACGAUCGGUCCGGCCCCGUGUUGAAGGGCGAGAUACGCUUCUACGAUUCUAAGAAGGAAGCCGAGAAAAAGAAGAAGAACCAACGGCCGAUCGCAUCCAUUAUCGAUGCCUACUCUGCCUAUGCUAUCUACCCGCAGGCGAAGGAACUGAUCGACACAUCAACGCUCCUCAAGAUCGAAGGCAACAUAACAAUACACUCUAACCCCCCGUCGUCGACCGAAGGUUUCGUGUUCAUCAUGCCCGAAACCCACCCGGCCGUAUCCGGCUUCGAAAUGCUCCUCCGGUUUCUGUUUCCCACCUGGGACACCUUCGCUCUGUACGGCCGCCCCGGCCGCCUGGUGGCGAGCUCCCUCGACACUCGCUCCUUGAUGUUUUCGAUGCCAAAGUAUAGGAAAUACGGCUAUCUCGAGAUCUUGGAUGUGAGCGGACUUAUCUCGACCGAGGGCAGCGCAGUAUGGUCAGAACGAGAGUGGCGCAAACGGCUCAAGGAUUUGACAAGUCAGCGCAUGGCCACUAUGGAAGACGUGGCCCCGAGCAGCGAUAGCCGGAGUACAAGCCGCCAUGGUAAGCGGCUGAGCUACGGCGCCCAGAAUUCUGCAUCUCGGCCGAGGGUAGGCUUUGCGGACGACAGUGAUUCCGUCCGAACAUCGCGAUCAGGUGCGCGCAAUGAAUCGGCUCCUCCUGAUCCCAACCGGGAACGGCUUCCGUCAUCGAUGGCAGGACAGUCUCGGCACUCUCGUCAUAUUUCUGAUUCCCAACUCGGCGACGCGACCUCUAAUUUUGUGUUGGAUAACUCACCUCCCGCGCAGCCUGCGAUGCGCAGCGGCCCGGAUCGCGUCAGGGCGUAUGCGAGCGAGUUGGCUUCGACACCCGAGAGAGUUAGCUCCGAGGACGAUAGUCCGGCGAGAGGACCAAUGGUCGGCAACCUCGAGACUAUGAAGCGCAUGGAAACGCCCGAGCCUGUCAACGCGCCUCCCGCUUUCGCGCAUGGUGCAGGUUCGCGCCCACAGCAGAAGCCUAACCCGUCGCCGGAGAUGCGCAGGGCGACCGUCCGCUUGUCAAACACGACAUUGUCCCAGCUCGCCACCGCCGGGGGUCUGACGCCAAACGCUAUCUUGAAUGAACCCCACGAGUUGCACUUCGGAAACGGGAGCGAGGGUUCGAGUCCAAGGCACACCGACCACCGAGGUCUAGCGGUACAGACACAAACCAGCGCCAACGCCGUGGAGAUGAAUGCUAAUACCAAUGGAUCUCGUGAAGCUCUAACAUUACCCACCACUGCUGUCGGAGCCGCUGCACCUCCGCCUCCCCUCAGGGAUCCCGCCCGAAAACGGUCGAACUCCCCGCUCAGGGGUCCUUCUGCUGAACGCACUGAUACUACUCCCGCUGCGUUUCAUCCCAGUCCUCAUAACCACCCUUCCUCAGGCGGUCGCCGCACUCCUCCUCCAAACCACUCCCAGCAAGUUCCACCGGCCGCCGGAAGCUCACCGCCGGUCCACAGGAAGCCUCUCCCCGCCAGGACGACCAGUCUAUCCCAUCACCGGAAUGUAGCGGCCUCACCAGUUCCUGCCCAGUCACCUCCGUUCACUUUCCCGUCUCCCGGGUCAGGACCUCGCUUUCAGGGCCUGAAUGAUUUCACCCCCCCGGCGCAGACCCAUUCACGCCAGAAUGGCCAAAGGAGUACCGAAGACGGCAAUGACGACGCAUCUUCUACAGCAAGCCCAGAUUAUGCCAGCACUCAUCGCUCCAUCGACACACAAGAAUCUGUAGAUCGGCCUCGUGCCGGGAAGCUCAGGGUUGUUGGGGAUAGCAGCUCUGGAGGCUCCUCGGUUAAGGAUUACGACAUCCCCGAGAUUGACUUUGGGAAAACCCUUAACUAUGGCGCUCCCGUCCUUCCAAUCGACAAAGCGCCCUCCAAGGAACGUUCAGGGCCCAGCUCUGGUCGGAAAUCGCCGGGCACCGGAACAACGCUCUCCCACGUUCGCCAGCAAUCGGAUGACACGAUUCGUCGGGGCGUUGCCUGGCCUGGUCCUCCCGCCGGAUUGUCGACGACGGACAAUCUUACAUCACUCCAGCAGUCGCUCAGUCCACGCCCUGCUCCCACGCCCUUGUACGCGCAUCAACGCGUUCCGUCUACCAGUACUCUGACCGACGUUAGGAUUUCACACUCCCGCCACAGCUCGGCCGAUCUCCUGUCCUCGGGGCGACCUGUUGGUCAGUCGCAUUCCCGGCACAGCUCAGUCGAUCUGCUCUCCAACGGACGACCGCCCAGCCGGGGCGCCGGGGCGGUACUGUCUAGUGCUGAACCCACCAAAUGGCCCGGCAGCCGCGGUAUCUUACAUUCUCGCAACAGCUCAGCUGACCUCCUCUCGUCCGGGCGACCAGUCAGUCAGGGGACCGCAGUGGCUUUGUCUGCUGGAGAAGUGUCUUCGUAUCUCUCGGCUCGCGAGCAAGAGCAUGUUGCGCGAAUAACAGGCAGCCCAUUGAUCGCCUUGGCUACCAACAAAGGCCCGUCGCAGACACAGAGCGGCCUUGUUGGUGCCAUCGAGAACAGAGAGCGCGAAAGAGCCCAGAUGAGACAGGGGAUAGGCGGCCAGGCGGUCGCGCAGGCCAUCGACCAACGACAUCGGGAGCAGAAUCAGUAUGCCCAACGAGCCGCUCAGGCCGCGUACGCGCAACAGCAGGCCCAAUUCGCCGCCCAGCCGGCUCAGGUCCGUCCCCAGACUCCUGGUGGCAUGAGCAUGAUGCAGCCCCGUCCCAAGACGCCGGGAGCCACAAACAUGAUGAUGGACGCCGGUGCUGCCGGUUCGCCCUACGGGCCUGGCAUGGCCAGCGUAAGCUCGCGCAGCAUGAGCCCUGGGCCUGGCAUGAUGGGCGGUCCCGCGGGGGGACACUUCUCUCCUGUAGGCCCCGCGCAGCCGCGGUCUCAGAUGAUGAUGUCCCCCUCGGCUUCGUACGGCGGCGGUGGCGCUGCUCCUCCAGGAGGUGGGUGGCAGCACAUGGGCGGCGGCGGCGGGAACAUGCCGCUCCGGCCGGGACCGCCCGGAGGUGGAGGGCCCAUGGUGCCGCCCUCGCCGAGCAUGCCCAUGGGUUUUGGGGGCAUGCACCACGGCGUCGGCGGCCCGCGGCCGCAGUCGCCUGCCUUCCAGAUGCAGAUGCCUCCUCGGGGGCAGUAUGCGCCGCCUGGCAUGCCGCCGCCAGGGGGGCCCAGGCCUGGGACGCCGGGGCGGAUGCAGUUCCAUGGUCAGGCUUUCUGA